CAGAAAUUCAUAGAUCAAAAAAUAAGGAGCCGUCGCCGUAACGAAGGUUUCUUCUUCUCCGGUCAUCACCAAACCAUUCCAACGAGUAGCUACCUUGUUUGUGAUUAUUCUCUUAAUUUUUUUUAUAAACCUAAAAAAAGGCAGGCAACGAUGAAAGGGAUGACGAGGUUUGUAAAAUCUCUUUGGCGACAUAGAAGAGCUCGCGAGAUCUUUUCUUCGCCUUCUCCUCCUUUGAUAUCCCGUCGCCCUCUCUUCAUCUCGGCGACAAACCAAUUAUCUACGAGUCACCCGACGAGUUAUGCUUCUCGUAACCCUUUGAAAGCUUCUUCCUUUCCUCUCAAAUCGAUAUCAAUUGAAGUGCAAAGGAGGACGAUGUUUAUACAAACCCAAUCAACACCAAACCCUUCUUCUCUGAUGUUUAGUCCUGGCAAACCAGUCAUGGAAGUGGGAAGCGCAGACUUCCCUAACUCUCGUUCAGCUAUGACUUCACCUUUGGCGAAAGCCAUCUUCUCCAUUGAUGGUGUUGUUCGAGUUUUCUUUGGGUCAGAUUUUGUCACUGUGACAAAGUCAGACGAUGUGACAUGGGAUUUUCUCAAGCCUGAAGUGUUUGCAGUGGUAAUGGACUUCUACUCCUCUGGCCAGCCUUUGUUUCUAGACUCACAAGUUGGAGCGGCCAAGGAUACUGCUGUUAACGACGAUGACUCUGAAACUGUAGCGAUGAUCAAGGAACUCUUGGAGACUCGCAUCCGACCAUCUGUCCAAGAUGAUGGAGGAGACAUUGAGUAUUGUGGAUUCGAUACGGAAACUGGCAUAGUUAAGCUUCGAAUGCAAGGAGCUUGUAGCGGUUGUCCAAGUUCAUCUGUUACUUUGAAAUCAGGGAUUGAGAAUAUGCUGAUGCAUUAUAUAUCCGAGGUCAAAGGUGUUGAGCAAGAAUUUGAUGGUGAAGAAGAGGAGGGGACUUCGUCUGGCCCAGUGGAGUAGAGUAACAGAAGCACCUCUUCAACAUAUAGUAGAAGAAUAAAACCAGAGGUGCAGUACCUUUGUCUCCUGAACUUGUCAGCCUUCUUUAAACUGUUUACUCUUAUCAAACCUCAUGAUUUAAUCCCAAUAGUUGAUUUCUUAUUGGAUUAUAUAGCUCUUAUUGAGAUUGUAAAGAUUUGUAGCCAAAGGUUGAGUAUAAGUAUUUACUGAUACAAGUUCUUUCGGUCUUAAUUGUUUGUAAUCGCACCAGUGAACGAUUCAAGUACAUUAACAAAGGUUUUUAUAAUAGAUUUGGUGCAAAGAUGAUCAUUACAUACUGACUGAGAAAAUUUCACACACAAAACAGAGACAAUAAUAUAUAGUUUAGUUGGUGAAAAUAGUGAACUUAGUUACGGCAAAUCUUGGCGGUAGGCAUUGUGACACAGACAGGAGCAUACUUCUUCUUGGCUGCUUCUGUCCCUCUCUUGGGUUCUUCUUCUUCUGCCAUGGCCACCUUGGCUAAGGAGUACGCAGCCGCAGCUGCAGCCGUGAACACCACAUCCCUCCUCAUCUUCAUGAUCUGUUCUUGCUUGGUUGUGUUCUCGCUCGUGGAGGCUUUGACAACAGUGAGGCUCCUUCUGUUGCUGCUGGUUAUGGUUGCUGGAAGCUUUGAGACGGUAGGGAGAAAUGAAGAUGUCAUGGUCAUCGACGCCAUAGCAAAUGGUGAUGUUGAUCUGCACGUUUGAUCCCUUAAUCUCUGUCUCUCUGUUCUCUGACUAUCUGGUGAGUUUGGUGCUGAGUGGGUUU